AUGCGACAGACGCUCUCAGAGCCAAGAGAAACACUUCCAGCAGCAGCCAGGAACUUGCUUUUUGUUUCAAACGGCAAACGCCAAAGCAGCACACCGAAGGACAUAAUUCGGGCAGCACCUUCCUGCACAACUCCUCCAGCUUCCAGUUAUGGCUGCAGGGAAGCCCUGGGGAGGCAGGAGCUCCGCAAAACAGGAGAGUUAACACGCAGCCAGGAGUCACAGGCAGUUCACAAAGUUCUUCUUGGUCAAAACUCCAGCCCUCCCCCUGCUCAUCUUCUGGCCGGCAGCUCCACCACCUCUGAGCACCACGUCAGGACUCUCUUGUCCAUGAAGGCUUUUGCCCCAAGGGCUGCUUUCACAGACUCUUCACAACCUUUCCGCCAGCAGUCACUGCACCUCCAGCAUCCGUGGCUGCUGAAGGCAGCGCUGCCUGUGCCUGGGAGCAGUGCUAUCAGUGCCUCGUCAGGACGCAGCAGGAAAAGUCUGGCCUCCGCUCCCCGACCAUCUGCUAAAACCAGGCCUCCUCUGGCAGGACUCCAACACAAAAUCAGUGAUGGAGAAAAAUUAAAUUGUCAAACUGGAGACUUCAGCGUGCACUAUUUGUACAGAGAAAGAAUAAUUCUGAAUCUUGCAACGGUGCGGAGACCGCCCGGCGGCUCCCCGCCGCCCCCCGCCACGGGGGCCGGUGGGGUGAGCGGCGACUUGCUGGCCAAGGAGGAGGAGUACAAGCGACUGAAUGCAGAAUUAGAAGCAAAAACAGAAAAACUGGUGCGUCAGGCUGAAGAAGUAAUGAAAGGCCAACAGGAGAUACUAUCUAGACCAGUUUCAGUACAGAUCAAGUCAUGUGAAGACGACAGACCGAGAGGUCCACUCUGUCCUGAAGUUUCAUCUCUUACACACUCACAUGCCAAGCUAGCAAACAAGAAGAAAUGUGCUUCCAUGCCCACGGCUCAGAACAGACCAUACUCUGGAAGUAAGGGAAGAAGAACAACUUUAAGUUCAAAAAUAAGAAACCUGGAAGUACAAAGUGCUGAUGAUGUUGCAGUACUGGAGGAUUGCAUAGAUUUUUCUUUAGCAAAGACAAUAAGCAAAAUUGAAGAAAAACUAGAGAGAGGAGGCUUACCAGAUUGUCUAGAUGAUGAUAUUAUUCCAAGCGUUGGAAAUGAAAUUGGAGCAGAAGCUCAAAUCAGAUUUCUUAAGGCAAAGUUACGUGUUAUGCAGGAAGAGCUGGAUAGUGUGGUGUGUGAAUGCAGGAAAAAGGAUGAUGAAAAUCAGAAUUUAAAAUCUCGGCUUAAAGAUACUGAAGAAGAAAACACCAGACUGCAACGAACAAUCAGUAUGCAACAUUCUCAGACUGAAAAGUACAAAAUGUUGUCACAAGAAGCAAUCAAAAAAAGUGGAGGGUUACAACAAGAAGUCAUUGCGCUAGAAAAGGAAUUGGAGAAUCUAAAGCGUGUACAAAAGCAGGCCGCAAGCAGUCAGAGUGCAACAGAGGUUCGCUUAAACAGGGCCCUGGAAGAAGCAGAAAGGUACAAAGUGGAGCUGAAUACACUGAAGCAAAGUAACAAGGACGUAGCUAACCAAGAACUCAAAACAAUUGAAGAAUUAAAAACAGAAAACAAGAAACUGCAGAAACAAAAAGGAGAGCUAAUGACAGGUUUUAAAAAGCAAUUGAAGUUAAUUGAUAUUUUAAAGAGACAAAAGAUGCACAUCGAAGCUGCUAAAAUGCUUUCUUUUACUGAAGAGGAAUUCGUGAAAGCUCUUGAGUGGGGAAAUUAUUGAUUCCAUUAAAAAAAAAUCUUCUGUUUGAAAUACAGGUCAGAUGGUACAUUAUUUUGGCACUGUAUAUGAAUGCUUGUUAAUAGUUAAUAACUGUAUAUCCCAGUGAAUUGAUUUGUUGAUUUUACUUACAUUUAAAUCAUUUAACUUUUAUAAGCCUGAUAGCUUGUGUUGUAAUACCAUAUGAAAUACAAAUUUCUACUGAAGUUUCAGGCCAAACUGUCCAUUCUGUAAUGAGUGGAGAAGCACAGAGCGUGCAAGGAAUAUUCCAACAAGUGAACUUUGUUACCAGUUAGUUUGCUCUGUUUUAGUAUUUAAAACUACACCUUAUCUAAGGUAAUAUUCAGUCCAAAGAAGUCAGGGUUUAGUCUCAGAAAACUCCUUGUUGCAACAGAAAUAAAU